UUUGAACAGAAAAUACAGAUUGCACCACUCAUCAUGUAUGUAAACUAUGUAUUAGUAGCAGCAAAGCAAAAACCCAUUUGCGUUUGACAUGGAAAUGGCCACUUGUUUCUCUUCCACUUCCUCAUCGUCCUCCUCCGGCCUUGCCACCAAAUUGGGAAGCGGAUGUGAUCAUAUCCCUCAUCAUGCCCAAACCCAAAUCAACGGCUAUGGUUCCUUCUUGGGGUGCCGUCGGAGGAGCAGAUUAAGAGCAGUAGUGGUCGCAGGUGGCUCAGCCUCAUCUUCUACCAAGAAGACUGCUGUCAAUGGCUAUGUGGGUCCAGGCAGCUCCGCUGACAGAUUAAUCUCCACUUGGAGCGAUUCUUGUUUGGUGGUACCUCCACCCACUGGCAAGAAGCCUCGCGCCAUCAUCAAAUUCUUGGGUGGUGCCUUCAUUGGAGCUGUUCCUGAACUUACUUACAGCUACUUAACUGAGCUAUUGGCGAAAGAUGGGUUUCUUGUUAUAUCAGUGCCAUACAAUGUGACCUUUGAUCAUGUCCAAGCUGCUGCACAAGUGUAUGAGAGGUUCAAUGCCUGCUUGGACACCAUCUUAGCUUUUGGAUUGCCCAAUGCCAAUCUUUCACCUGCCCAACUUGCUCAACUGCCUGUGUUUUCUGUUGGCCAUAGUAAUGGCGCGCUUCUUCAAGUACUUGCAGGGAGCUAUUUCUCUGAUAAAGUCCCAAAGGCCAAUGCCAUAAUCGCAUACAACAAUAGACCAGCGACAGAGGCUGUGCCUUACUUUGAGCAGCUAGGUCCUUUAGUUAAUCAGAUGGUGCCUAUUGUAGAAGCCUCUCCAGUUUCAUCAAUGGCUAGGACUGCCUCAGGAGAUGCAUGGAAGGCACUGGUUGAUGCAGCCGGAGCAAUGCUACCGGACAAUCAGGAAACUUUAAGUUCGCUGACUAAAUUUGUUGAUCAGCUACCUUCAGUGCUAAAUGAGGUAACGCAAGGGAUAUCGGAAUUUAAGCCAACACCCUCUGAAAAUCGUGUUUUCUUUAAAAGCUCGUACAAUGUCAAACACACACUACUGGUGAAGUUCAAUUUCGACGCAAUUGAUGAGACAGAUACUCUUGAAGAGACAUUGAAGCCUCGUGUGGAAUCUAUUGGCGGGACACUAGAAAAGGUCGAAAUAAGUGGUAACCAUAUCACACCAUGCAUACAGGAGCCAAAGUGGCACGUAGGGAACGUGUACACUCCAGCAGAUGCUAUUGCUCAGAGUCUCAAGACUCUUUCUCUAAAUGACGUUAGAGUCCUCUCAAGAACUAUAAGCGACUGGUUCAGAGGCUUUGAAGAUUGAGGUGCCAUAGUUUCAAUCAAAUGGCAUAAAUAUAAAUUGUGGAUGCUCCCAAAACAAGAACUCUAGUAAAGAUAUUUGUCUCGCAGGCAGUGCGUCUACUCAUACUAUCCUUCGAGAUCGAAAGUAUUUCUCAAACUUGAUGCUUACAAAAGCAAAGGUAAUAACCAUAUCAAGUCUUGCAGAUCUAAUUGAAGGCUCAGGAACAACCCAAGUUAUGUUACCAAAUGGAACAAUAAUGUCCAUUCAAGAUGCUUUAUAUUCAUCUAACUCUAGAAGGAAUCUGUUGAGUUUUAAAGAUAUAUGUUUGAAUGGCUACCACGUUGAAACAAAAAAUGAGGAAAAUGUAGAAUGUUUUUGCAUUA